GGCGAGUACGAUGCCCGGUGGUUGUAUCCCGUGAGCACUAUUUACGGAAAUCACACUAUAAUUUUGUCUGCUGCCCCGAGCCCAGCGGCCUCGUGGAUGCCACAAAUGCAUUGAGAGAAAAGAAGAAGAAAAACUGUUACACGGGGUUGGGGGAAAUUACAAGUUGUGGAGAGCUUGUUGGUCUCGUAAUGAGAGAAGAUGGAAAUGGGGGGAGCAGAGGAAGAGCUGGAGAGGAGGAGCAAGUUCCUCAGCAGUCUCAUACAGAAGAAGAAAGCCACAGAGCAGCAUGAUCAUCUCAACGUCCGCGUCAGAGCCUCCGACAUGCCUCUUGCUUUGCAGAGCCGCGCCUUCAAAUGUGCCCGUGACAACCUUGACGCCAUGCCUGGAAAGCUCGACAGUAAACGCCUCGCUCUUGCGCUUAAGAAAGAGUUUGAUUCAUUAUAUGGUCCUGCUUGGCAUUGCAUUGUAGGAACUAGCUUUGGCUCAUAUGUCACGCAUUCCCUUGGAGGUUUCCUGUAUUUUUCAAUUGACAAAGUCUACAUCCUUCUCUUCAAGACUGCCGUCGAGCCUCUAGACCAUUAACACUUACUACAACUUCGAAAGCCAUGCACCUCUAUGUGAUUUCAGAAACCAGGAACGAAGAAUGUCAUUUCCUAUGUAAAAUUAUGAACAGUAAAGAUAAAAAAGUAUCUAUCUUUUCUGUUGUAGUCUUAUUGUGUUGUAUUGAUUGACUUCUCUUAUGGUAUUUAAAAGCAUAAAAGAGAGCUAGUCUUGUGGUGGGUUUGCACCAGAGUAGUCCAA